GCAUCGAAUCGAGAAGCAAACGAAGAGGAGUUGCAAGUAUAAUUUUCAGCGAAAACUAACCGAAAGUGAAUUAGCAGAAUCAUCAAGCGAAUAAUUCAAAACCAAUUUAGCCCAUUCUAAACAAGAAAACUCACACGACGCAGUCAGGAUAUCAACAUCAGAGCUAGUGUACCACACGACCGCUGAUAGCGAGCGUGCGUGUGUAUGUGCGAAAAAUUGCGCGAAGAUCCUUACAAACCGUGAAAGAGCGUGACACGUGACACGGUUGAAAUAAUAUAGGUUACCCCCGGGUAUUUGCCGGUCGGCCUUGAGCGCGCGACUUUGUGGUGUUGAUCGUGUGGAGCUUGUGAAAGCCGAAUGGUAGCAGAGUGAUUGUGCAUUUUUGCAUAUUUUGGUUGGUUAUACGCCUCGAAAUUAUACUUCAACGAAAAGAUAAAAUUGAGCAAAAAAAGCGGAAACAAAACUACUUCACUACCACCCGGUGUAUGUGUGCUUGACGCAGAGAACUGCCUCACAACGGCGCAUCAUUUACUCCAGUGGGAGAAAUUCAUCUUAAAGUGUGCAUGAAGAGAAGGGCGAAAAAGUGAGACAAGCAAGCGCGGAUGCCGUUUCAAAUGAACAUUAAUAGAACGGCAUGAGAAUAAAAGACUUGAUUGAUUACUGAACGCAGUGAGAGAAAGUAAAGUGCAGCGGGCUUUUUAACUGUUUUACCAGAAUCUGGCGAACCGGUUGGCUUCACCAAAAGUGAAAAGUGCAUACGAGUUACUCCAUGGAACAAUUAUAGCAACCCAAAGAAAGAGAAGCCCAAAUGACACUUAAGCUGAGAUAGCGCAAGUCUUCAACGAAAAGAAAGAAAGAGAGGGGAAAAAGAAAGAAAGAAAGAAAAGAGAGAGAGAGUGAGAGAAAAAGAGAGAAAAAUAAUACACAUACCAGAUGCAAAUCUUCUGUACACAACAAGUCAAAAGUCGAUGUGGCCGAGAAAGUAACCGCGGCAAACAGUGAUUGGUGUGGAAAAUAGUCUUGUAGCGAUAUAUUGUGUUUAAGGUGAAUAAUUUAUAGUGGAAAAAACGAGGUAGCGACGACUGGAACACAACGUAACGUGGUGGAGAAGCAAUAACCCCACGCGCAGCACUACGUUUUGUGUUCGAAAACAAAACGCGACUUGGGGCGAAAAACAAGAGUUUGUGCUGAAUUAUAUUAUUUUUAUUUUUAACUCUCGUCGUGGCCUGCAAAGCAAAUUGAGUAGUACACACAGACAGUAGUCCAGAGAAGAAGAAAGCAGAAGAAAAAAAAAGUGCACAAACACUACCACUGAAUCCGGAGUAGCAAGGAGAGCACCAGAAGUAGUCAUGAUGACUGAAACGUUGAAUUCGAAUAAUCAUCUCAGCCAAAAAGGCGAGAACAACAAAGUUGGCGACAUGGGAUGGAAGGCCAAACUUAAAAUACCGCCCAAAGAUACUAGGAUUAAAACUAGCGAUGUUACUGAUACCCGCGGAAACGAGUUUGAAGAGUUUUGCCUAAAGCGGCCACUGCUGAUGGGCAUUUUUGAGAAGGGCUGGGAGAAACCGUCCCCGAUCCAGGAGGCGGCUAUCCCGAUAGCGCUGGUCGGUAAAGAUGUACUGGCACGAGCAAAGAACGGUACCGGUAAGACCGGGGCGUACAGCAUCCCUGUACUAGAGCAGGUCGAUCCGACCAAGGACUAUAUUCAGGCCCUUAUUAUCGUGCCGACCCGAGAGUUGGCCCUACAAACGUCACAGAUUUGCAUCGAGCUGGCGAAGCACAUGAAUAUUCGCGUCAUGGUCACUACCGGCGGAACUAAUCUCAAGGAUGACAUCAUGAGAAUAUAUCAAAAAGUGCAAGUGAUUAUCGCCACUCCGGGCCGUAUACUCGAUCUCAUGGACAAAGAGGUGGCUAACAUGUCCCAGUGUCGAAUGCUAGUAUUAGACGAGGCAGACAAACUGCUGUCGCAGGAUUUUAAAGGCAUGCUGGAUCAUGUCAUUAUGAGAUUGCCAAAGGAACGUCAAAUCCUGCUCUUUUCGGCGACAUUCCCAUUAAGUGUGAAAAACUUCAUGGAGAAGCAUCUGCGCGAUCCGUACGAGAUCAAUCUGAUGGAGGAGCUAACGUUAAAGGGCGUCACGCAGUACUACGCUUUCGUGCAGGAACGCCAGAAGGUGCACUGCCUCAAUACGCUCUUCUCGAAGCUGCAGAUCAACCAAUCGAUCAUCUUCUGCAAUUCGACCCAGCGCGUCGAACUGCUGGCCAAAAAGAUUACAGAGCUGGGAUACUGCUGCUACUAUAUACACGCCCGGAUGCAGCAGGCCCACCGGAAUCGGGUGUUCCACGACUUCCGAUCGGGUCUGUGCCGCAAUUUGGUCUGCUCCGAUCUCUUCACUCGCGGUAUCGACGUACAGGCUGUGAACGUUGUUAUUAACUUCGAUUUCCCGAAGAUGGCGGAAACCUACUUGCACAGAAUCGGUCGAUCCGGACGGUUUGGUCACUUGGGUAUCGCCAUUAACCUAAUCACCUACGAGGAUCGUUUCGAUCUUCACCGCAUCGAGAAGGAGCUGGGCACGGAGAUUAAGCCCAUUCCGAAAGUGAUCGAUCCGGCACUGUACGUACCGCGGCCGGACGAUCCAAACAGUGCGCAGGAGGAGCAGAAUGUUAGCAAAUAAGUCCGGAGGUUUUGAGGGGACUAGAAUUGCCGGUAUUGAUGAGAAGAGAGUGUGAUAUUCAAGGCAUAGAUUGUGGAGAGUAGAAAAUGAAUGGAGGCUGGGAAAUGGAAAAGAGACAGUGUGUGGACAAUGGGGAAGAUCUGUUGAGAUGCGAAACACGAAAACAUUACGAAUUUCUCUAAAGCGAAAAUCGUUUCAUUCAAAUCAUAUAGCAAAUUCCAAGUCAAACGAACAUAACCGCUAAACGAUGGAUUUAAAGGGUAAACGAAGACCGACACGAAGACUAAACAAAGCAAUAUCGCCUGUCAACUGGAAAUAAUGGUUUUUGAGACACAUGUAUGGACUCUGGAGGAACCAAACUGAAUGGAACCGAGUUGUGUAGCACAAAAUAGGGGGGAACCUUUGGUGCGCACAUCCCUAACGGCGCAGGACUGCUCAAUGAUUCUUAUCUUGGAAGUGUUUUGCUUGACGAGUGUGUGAGUACAGCGUGCAAAAUGCAAAUCAUUGCCGCGCUUAUGUUGCAAAGAAAUGGUUGAACCCGAUUACUCACGAAUUCCAAAAUUUCACAAUUGAAACAUUAUUUCAGACAUUCGACGACCCCCUACAACAAAUAUCCGGGUCCCGGUGCAGCAUUAUUCAACAGGGAGAGAGUAGUGAUAAAAUGGCUAGAAAGGUUUGGAGAAAGGUUUGCAACCAUAAUUUUCACCCCUAUUGACGUGCACACGGGACGUUGACUCGUGACUUGUACACACUAUUGGGUCACCAAGCGAAAGCGCCUUAGGGCGCCUUUUGCGCCAUUUUUCCACUGUCUGUCGAAACAUGAUUUGAUAUGAGAGUCCAAACAGUGUUCGUGUUAGGUUAAGAGAGGGUGUUUUGGAUCAGUUUCAUUGGAUUUACCGGAAAUUGAUUCUUUUUUUUAAACCACUAAAACAACUCACACACCUGAGCAACAUUACGCAUGUCGUACUAUCAACAGAUCUGUCGGGUGGCACAAUUAGAUUGAACACGAACAAUACACCGCAGACAAAAGCAUCAACGAUAAUGUCUUACGAAAGCGAACGGCGAGCCGAACUGAGGCAUCAAAAUAAGGAUAAAUGAAGCGGGCGCGGAUCAGAACAAAUGGAAGUGAGGGACAUGGGACAAAGAGAAAGUUAUAUUGAAGAUUGAAGAGAGUAGCAAAAGACAACAGACCACAUGUUGGAACACAGAGAUAUCCACAAACGGCAAAACAAACCAACAAUACAAUGGAUAAGAAGUCUGAAAUUUGUUGAUUAACUGGAUGAAGGGGAACAGGUUGGGAGAACACAGCAGUAUCUCCUUCAUAUUUCUGGAAGUUUUGGUUUUUAUCAACAGUUAGUAGUUUUGAUUUUUGUGCCGCAUUUUCUUCAUCGAAAAUCGGUUGUCUAAUUGAACAUAAUAUGUACGCUAAGGUGUAGCUUUCCUUCCAAUCCCCCGAGGAACGCACGAGCGCGGCUGAGGUCCUACCGCGUAGUACCCCCAGCGACACAAAUUGUAAAAUAGUGAGAAUGUUUGAUUGUGAGGGCCAAUAGUGACUAAACAAUACCGGAAACUAUCCGCGUCUCUCUUGUGUGCAUGUGUAAAGGGAGUGCGUCUGUGAACGCCGGGGGACGUAUGAUUGUGUAGUUGAUGUAGUUUUACUAUUUUUCUCCUUGUACAGUAAAAAAAGACCGCGGGGAGAUUAUAAGAAGGGACACGCAUUGAAACUUAAAAAAAACAAGAACGGUUCGCGUACCGUACCACAAGCGGAUGGAACCUAUGCACGGUUCUUCAGAAUGACUGUACAUAUUAUGUACAGUAGCGAUUAUAUAGCGAUUAUGCAGACCCCGGAGAAGAAGUUCUAAACCCACAUGAAACAAUGUACAUUCUUUGGAGAAAGCGACAGCAAAUAGCAAUUGUGCGAAACAUGCGAUGAAAACUGGCGUCAACAGCAAGCCGAUGGUCGUCAGCACACGGACACAAACGAGGGGGGCAGCCGCACAUACUACAUACUUUCCCUUUUCGUAUACAGCCAAGCUGGAACAAUACAAGUCAUAUUCAAACACCUGGGCUCUGAUCGACUUGUGAAUCAACAAAGUGCUUUGUGUGUAAACACGGAAGAAGGUUAAGGGAAAAAAUCGAGUAAAUGCGAAUUCGCAAGGCCCUUUUGACAGUUCUUGGAAAUGACAUUUCGAACAGACGACCAUUUGGUGCGAAUCCCUGAUCUAGUGGGCUCUGUGAUGGCUUGUAGAAGUGGCACAGCAGAGAGGUUGGCAAAUGAAAAUAGACGACCGCGUAAUGUAGACGGGAAAUUGCGCUCAUCUGCAUUGCAUGAGUUUGAAAAAAAACCUUUUACUAUUGCCGUGUCGAAUCGAGCAUUAGAGUUUCAGGUUCGUCGACAAUAUUUCGCCAAAUGAAUAAUAGUAAAUCCAACAAGCCACCCGGAGCCACUGAACAGACCACGAUGGAAAGCGCGACGCAUCAAGAAGGUAUCACCCUUCGGUGAAUGAAAAGAUGUUCAAGAGCAGUUUGCACUGGAUUCUAUACAUUCAAACGUGCAGAGUGUGCGCCUCAGCGCAUCGUGAGAUGUAACACGACGGAAAUGUAUAGAAAAACAAACGAAUUGUACACGGCUGCGUGCAAAGUUUUCCGUUAGGAAAUGAACUUCACAGGCGCACUUUCGGCAAAUUAGUUUAGGAAAAUGAUGAUCGCGGAUGAGUGUCUGAAAAGAGUCGAUGGACCCCGGGAAUGAAAACCUUGUGCGAAUGAUGUAAUCAGUUAUGAACGAGAAUGAUGACUGCACGGGGCUUGUAUGAAUGGGCGGUCACGUUUGUACGCAUGUGGAUACGACGAAUGAUUGGAAGUGAAAGUGUAUUUUUAAAAGAAAGUUAGUGAAAUUGAUGAAAAGCACAUGGCGCGAAAACAUGGUUCAGCGUUUAGAGGUGAAAUGCCCGCACCCGCAUCAUGUGGGCGGCGGUGGAAUUGUACCAUCGAAAGCGGCAGCGUGGAAUGCAUUCCUAUCGAGAUGCGCCGGUGUCAUUCUUGUGCAUCACGAAUUCGCAGAUGAUACUUGAUCGCAGUAGGUUCGGCUCUCUUCUGUUAGAAACGAUUCUCCUUUUUCUUCCACUCCACGCUGCUGAUAACCUUGAAGCUUCCACCACUUAGAGGGAGGAACGCAAAAUUUGCGGAGAAACUAAUUGGAGGGCAUAUUUUUACGGUAUUGGUCGGGAUGGUAAAAUUCUCAAAAAUAUCCUUACCAUCUUAGCAACAAUCCACCAACCACAAGUAGGCAAUGAGCAUUUCCGAUGAGAUUCGUGCGAUAUUCCAACCAACGAUUCGCUUCCAACAACAUCUAGUAAGCUGAGUUGCUCUCACUAAUUGCCACUUUCAGUUGCAAAGGUAAACCAAAAAUGGAAUCUUCAGUUGGAGAAAUUUACCGUCUACCAAAUCAACUACCGCUACGAGUAACAAACUGUGAGACUUAUGCGUCCCCUUCAGAUCGAAAAAGUCAAUUGGUCAGUGAAUUUGAUCACUGCUUGACAGUCAUUCUCAGCAGUACAUAGUUGAUGAAACCUCCUGGGUAUUAAUCGGCCACCACCAGACUAGUAACAUAGAAAAAAAAAAAAACAGAAACACCUUGGGCCAA